CUUUCAUUCUGUAGUUCCACAACACGCGUGUAUCUGAUGUUAGCUGGCAAAAACUUUGGUGACAUGAGUGCUGAUAAUAGUGGUGGAAAUGUUUCUGUGCCUUUACGAAAUCUUCUGAACUCCAUCCAGUGUGUUAGAGACCGGGUCAGAGACGGAGAGUCCAAUGAGUCAGAUGGAGCGUUCAAUCUCUCCAACUUCUGGGACACUCUGAACCAGGCAGUGAAGGCAGUGUCCCAGGAAGCCACUUAACUCAGCCUGGCCUUCUCCAGACCCCCGCUGCCAUCACAGCAGGAUGGAGAGAAGUUAGCAGAGUCCAUCCUGAAAAGUGUCCUCACUCUGUCCACUGUGUACUACUGGCUACCUAAGAGCCAAGGUGUCAGUCUGCGGCGACAGGUCCGAGACGCCACAGUCCAGGUUCUGGAGGGAGUCACACAGCUGGUCGAGGUCAUACUGAGCUCACCGCUACAGAGUCUGUCCCAGGAACAGCUGAUGUCAACAGGAGGUGUGUGGUCAGCCUGCGACCACUUUGCCCAGUUACCACAAGAUAAUAAAGCAGCAGUGCUGGUGGUUCUGUCCAAUCAGAUUGGAGUUGUGAAAGAUGCCAUAGAAGAAAUUGAACAGGCACUGUCUGAGGCCCAGGACCCGUUCAGUGACAUUCUUGAUGAUGACCAGGAGCCUCGAGGCAACCAGGACACUUACUGGUCAGAGAAGGACAGACGUGUGAUUGGUCCGUGCCAGGGGCUGAUGAAAGCAUCAGCAGCAUGUCUAAGGAAGCUGACGUUGGCCGUCAAAGCCAACGGGGACGUCAACACGUCUCAGAACCUGGCUCAGCUCGACGACCUGGCUGACAUCACCAAGGAAAUCAGUCCUGGUGUUGAUGAUCUGGCUCUCUCCCUCUACCCACCGAUGGACUACAGCGGAGUAGAGAGCAACGUAAGACACACACGCACACAAACACACACACCAUUGUUAAAAUUCUUUGAUGUUCAGAGUAGGGGUGUAACGAUCCAUCAAUCUGGAUCAAUAUAUCGAUUUAAUGAUCAGUUCAUAGGGAUACGUUGGCGUGUUGAGUAA